UGUUGUUUAACACAGUCAAAAUAUACACGGGACAAUAAAAACCGCCCAUUUGUUUAUAGUCUAUAUUAAAAUUUUAUAGAUUGCAGUUCUAAGGCAAAAAAUGAAAACGAUAUUAUUUUUCUUUGUUGGAUUUGCAUAUCUUGGAUACUUCUCAAUUUCGAUGGAGCAUAUUCAAAGAGAAAUUUGUAAAGCGGGAACAGCAUCUUUAAAUAUAACAGUGGGAAAAGAAGUACUUCUUCCGCCAAUGAUCAGGGGUGGCUUUCAUGCCCCUCUUUUGGUGAUAGACCCACCCUAUAGAAAAAAGCGAGAGGUUUGGGGUCCUUUAGGACUUCUUCCAAAACUUAUAUCAUGUCGUCCUGGCAAGAAAUACGAUGUGACUAUUUCAAAAGUAUUUAAAAAAGGAACAAAUACUGAUUUUUCCCAAAAGACCUUAAUCACAGUGAUUGAUACAAAAGAACUUUUAAAGCCAACCUUUGAAUAUUUUGUCACGGCAUCCAUGGACCUUGACGGCUGCAUAUACAUAAUCAGUGCACGUGAGUGGAAGAAUCUUAAUGUCUUUCAAAAGCGUUGGUUGAAGAACAAUAAGUAUGCGGACAACUGCAGAGACUUGAACGAGUGCUUCAAAGAUAACAAACUCCCCGAGGAAUCUGAUCCCACUUUUGAGUGUUAUGACAGAUUUUCGUUUUGUUCAUCAAGAGACAGAAGGCUUAGGGGACGAAAGGGAAAAUUAGCCAGGUGUAUUAGAAGGAAUAAACAGUGAAUUAACACUGCCUUAAUAAUAGUAAAAAUCAGAGUAUACCACACAUACAGGUACUUUUCUUUCCGAAAUGUUUCUCUAUCUUAAAUGAAUUCGUACUCGCGUUUUCUUAAAUUUAGUAAUUGAAUGACCAAUUAUUACAUUAUGUCUAUAGAAUGAUUUAACAGGUCAUACCAAUUUUCGUAAUUAUUAAAAAUUUAUGGAGAGGUUAUAUGUGUUAAGCGGUUCACUGUGAAAUAAUAAAAAUGGUUCUGAAUUUUCUUUUACGGUGUACACUUGCUGUCGAGGUCUUCCAGUACUUGUAUCUUUUCAAUAUGUACAUCAAGCAAUACUCAGAUCUUUGGGAAACGGUCUAUUCCACCUAAUAAAGGUUAGGGAACCUUGAAAACUUCCCCAAUUCGUCCAACUUGUAUUCCAAAUACAAAAACAUGUCAUUAAUAUAAUGAGGAAGCUUACAAUAUUGUACGGUGUAACAUUUCAUCUACCGGGUAUUCCUC